CACAUUUAUAUAUAAAAUUUUAAUUGCAGAUUGCCAGCAAAGAUAGCUCUUGUUAUCUAUAUAUCUGCCCGAUCUGCCCAUUAUCUGCCAUCCUGCAAAAACCAAACAACGAGGUACGUUUAAGUACUUUCCAUUGUUUGUAUUAAUCAAUAGUGAAAGAUGACAAAUCAAACAUAUUUCGAAACUAGAAACGCUAGAAACUACUAGAAACGCUUGAAACUACAGUCAGCGCCAUAUUCACAUUCACAGCCAUAUCAAAGGCCAUAUUGACUUCAUGCUCUGAGUUGUUUCAGACAUACGUUGCUAAAUUGCAAGACUACAAAACUCAGACGGACGUCCUAAUAAUAAUAAAGAACAACAAAAAUGGAUAUCGGUCAAUAUUUAACAGCACCUUUACAGAUUGAUAAAAUUUGUAGGGCUUGUUUGAUGGAGAGAAAAGACAUGAAGCCACUUUUUGGUGCCUGUUUGGAUGAAAUGCUUCAAUAUUUUACAUCCAUUGAUAUGUCUCCAGAUGAUGAUCUUCCUCAUCUAAUGUGUAUUCAAUGUGUUUUACAAUGUAGCCGAGCUUAUACAUUUAAACAAUUAUGUGAAAAGUCUGACUCAAUACUUCGACAAUAUCAAAGCCCAGCAUUUCAAGCUUUACUAAAUCAACAAGCCGAUGAAUCUCACAAUCAGGUAAAAAAAGAGUUAGAAGAACAAUUAACCUUUCAAGGCAGCGAAGUAAAAAUUAUUAUGGAUCAUAGCAAAAAUGAUUUCAACAAUGAAUUUGUAACUUAUGAAGAUAAAAGUGACAAUAACUCAGAAAUACAUGGAGAAAUAUACACUGUAGAAACAGUUGAAACAACAAAUGAGGAGUUUUUGGAAACUGUAUCAAUGGAGGAAUUGAACGAUAGUUAUGAUAAUGAUUUGAGCAAUGUUAAUAAUGAAGAGGACAAAAAAUAUAAAUGUUCAAAAUGUGAUGCAUGUUUUGUCCUCAAGGUUGAUUUAAAAGUCCAUAUGAUGUCCCAUCCUAAAGAAUUAGUCUUUUCUUGUAAUGUUUGCAAUAAAAAAUUUGAAAAGGCUCGUAUUUUAAAAAGACAUCAAAAAAUUCAUCUGGAUUAUAAACCGCAUCGCUGUGAUGAAUGUGAUAUGUCAUUUGCAGAAAGUUCCAAUUUAAGUAAGCAUAAAAAGAAACAUACCGGAGAAUUGCGAAAUAUUAAAGGAAAACCACAUUUAUGUUCUGUUUGUGGUAGGGCAUUUAAAUGGGCCUCUAGUUUACAUAAACACAUGAAAUAUCAUACUGGUCAUAAACUAUUUAGCUGUCAAUAUUGUCCCAAACAAUACGUAGAGGAAAGAAGUUUAAAAAUUCAUGUCAGAUCGCACACUGGUGAAAGACCAUAUGUUUGUGAAUUUUGUCAAAAAGGUUUUACCCAACGUUGCAACUUAGAGAAACAUAUUCGUGUACAUACAGGAGAAAAACCUUAUACAUGCACAGUGUGUAACAAAGGUUUCAGUCAAUCAGGAUAUGUAACUAUUCACAUGCGCACUCAUACAGGAGCACGUCCUUAUGUAUGUCAUGUAUGUGGUAAGGCAUUUUCUGGAUCCAAUACCCUCACACUUCACCAAAGAAUCCAUACUGGUGAGAAACCUUACAGUUGCGAGAUGUGUAAUAAGAAUUUUAGUCGUCACGAGACUUUGGUCAUCCACGUACGAUCUCAUACUGGGGAUAAGCCACAUGUAUGUAUCGUGUGUAAGAAGGCUUUUGCAUCAUCUGGACAGUUAUCUGGGCAUAUGAAAACGCAUACGGGUGAAAAGCCAUAUACUUGUGAAAUUUGUGGUAAAAAAUUCUCUGGAUCAAGCAGCUUAAAGGUACACCUGAAGUCACAUCAGAUACCAGAUAUACAAAUAGUACAAUAUACGUGUAAAAUGUGCAAUAAGAAUUUUGCUGAUGAUACCACAUUCAAUGAGCAUAUUUUGGAAGUUCACACUAUACAAGCGCCAGCACUUCGAACAACCGCAAUACAAAUUAAAGAAGAUUUAGAAAAUAUAGGUGACAUACAGAUUGCUGAAAUUAUUACUGCAGAUGAUCAGACCGUGCAAGCAAUAAAUUCAAUAUAGAUGGAAAUUUUUGGAUACUGUUAGGUUUUUGUAUAUAAUGUAAACAAUAUAAUGUAUAUUAUGUAAUAAAAUAUGAAUUAUUUUACAUCAAA